UGUUCAUCUCGUGGCAAGGAUGCAGAUUCCGAGCAGCAGAGCCACGGGAGCUUUCGGCGGAUACUCGGUGCGUAAUUACGCGCCGGCGCAGCCCAAGCCCAAGUCAUUCACCAUCGACGCGCUACUCGCCAAGCCAGACGAGUGCAACUCGGAGCGGGCGAGUCCGGGGCUCCCUUACCCGGCCGCACUGCACGUCGGCACCGGACUGACCUACGCGCCCUGCCCGUACAACAUGCUGCCCGCCGGCUAUUCCGCCGUCUACUGCUGCCCGCCGUUCCCCUACCAGGCGUCCUGUCGCGGUGCCUUUUACGCGCAAGCGGCGUCAAUGCCCAAGGUGCACGCGUUGAAAGCCAAGGGGGGCAAAUCCAAGCGCAUGCGCACCAGCUUCACCAGCGAGCAACUCUCCCGCCUGGAGAAGGAGUUCGCCCGGCAGCAGUACAUGGUCGGCUCCGAGAGGUUCCUGCUCGCCUCCGCCCUGCAGCUCACGGAAGCGCAGGUGAAAGUAUGGUUCCAGAACCGUCGCAUCAAAUGGCGCAAGCAGAGUCUGGAGCAGCAGCAGGCCAAGCUGGCCAAGCUGGGCCUAGCCACCACCACCCCGCCCAAAAGCCCCGGAUCUCAAGGCCACGCUGACGAAGAGGAGGAAGAAUUCUCUGACUCUGACGUGGAUGUGGAUGUGUCCGAUGAUGCCCACGAGCCUUGCUGAAAACCCCCCUCCCCCAAAAGACUCUUGUCCACAGAAGACGACCUAUUCCUAUUUAAUAGAAGUAUAGUUAUAUAUUUAAUUUUUCUACAUGCAUUGCUCUUUG